AUGUUAUUAACAUAUCAUCCAAGAAUUGAUUGUAAUUAUGGUCGAUAUUUAUUAAUUAAUAAUUCAAAAUUUUCACGUGUUCAUGAUGGAACAGGUUCUGUAUUAAUGUGGUAUUUAGGUUUAUUAAAUAUUGCAUAUAAAUUGAAUUUAACUUUGAUAAAUUUUGAUUGGAUUGUUGGACAUACAUCUGAUGAAAAUAACAUUGAAAGAGAAAAAUAUUGGUUAUUUGAUCAUUGGCACAUUCCUUAUUCAGCUUAUCAAUCAUGUCCAAAUAAUUCUUUGAUUAAAAAGAAUUUCUUUUCUUAUGAUUUAAUUUCUAAUCAAACAUUAGAACAACAUUAUAAAGGAAAACAACCAUUUGAAAUAAAUUCUCAUUUAAAAAAGAAAUUUUCUCAAUUUUUAAUAAAACUUCCGAUAAAAAAUGCUGGUUUUACAUUUUAUUCUAAUCGAACAUUAACAAUAAGUUCAUCAUUAAUGGAAUUAGGAAUUGUUAUGGAAAUUCGUUGGUGGUUACAACAUCGAAAAUUAUAUCAAUAUCCUCAUGGAGUUUGGGCAGGAUCUUCUAUUUCAUCAAUUAAUCAACCAAUAGAUGAUUUUUCUUCUUUUCAUUCAAAUCAUUUGUCAUCAUCAUCAUCAUGUUCAAAUAUUGAUUUUGAAAAAAGUUUCUUAAUUGGUGUUCAUAUUCGUCAAGGUGAUGUUAUCAAACGAAAUCGAAAAGGUGAAAUUAUAUUUGGAAUUCUUCAACGUUAUAUUUCAAUUUCAGCAUAUCCACCUUUGUUAACAUUUCUAAUUGAAUCAUUACCAAAAGAAAUUCGAAUGAAAUAUUUUCUAACAAUUUAUAGCGAAGGUCAUCCAAAUGAUUUUAAUUCUCUUCUUAUUCAAUUAAAAAACACUUUUCCUGAGUCUCAUUGUCGAAUCUCAUUGGUUUUAAAUGGACGAACAUCAGAAACAUUUAAUCGUUUAUUACGUGAUGAUAUUUUAAUUUAUGCACAUAGUACAUUUAGUUUAGCUUCAGGAAUUUUUAACAGUCGACAAUUAAAAAUUGGACCUUUUCAUAAUCGACAACGUGUUCAUGGAAUGAGAAAUUUUAUCGGAUUGAAAUUAAAUGAAAAUCAUACGAAAUUUUAUUUAACCAAUGAAAAGAAAUCUUUAAUUCAACAAAGAAUUAGUUAUGUUUGGAAAGAAAAACAAAAACAACAACAUUCUUUUCUUCCAUUAUGGUUGAACAAUUAUUCAAAAAAUUAUUCAGAACAAUUUAUGUUUAUUUGA